AUGGCGAAAGUGGGUAUGGACACAGACUCGCCUGGAAAUCAAGCAGGAUAUGAUGCAAAUCCUGAGUAUAACGCGUGGGGUUUCUCCCAACUACACGACCAAGGAACUGGUGGCGGCGUCUCUUUGUCUAACUUCAAAUUGUGGGCUUUUGCGUCCUGCCCGGUGGGCGAUAUCUUCGAGGCCUGCCCGACAUCUUUGAACUCCAGAAAGGUUCAACGCAACAUUCUUCCAGAUGGCUCUCCUGAUGAUGCGGCCGAACCGGGUUACUUUUCGUCUAACCUUUCUACUGGGAUCCGGGUGGAGCUCACAGCAACCCGGCGCGCUGCAUUGCAUCGAUACACUUUCCCAUAUGGGACCCAAAAUCCCCGGAUGCUAGUCGAUGUCACAAAUGACGGCGAGCAGAGCAGUACGAAACCGAUCAUGCAGUUGAAUACGUCGACAGCACGAGUCACGGGCGCAGCCGACUUUCAAGCCUCUUUUGGCCCUGGUCGUUAUCGGGUAUAUACGUGCGUUGAUUUCCAGGGUGACGGUUAUGAUAUCGGCUCUCCCGUAGAAUAUGGUGCUUGGCUAGGGGACUCCCCAGUCAAAUAUUCCGUGACUAUCAACCAACUUUAUCGUGGUAAGCUUCGCUGCAAUUGGAUUAGUACUACAAUGACCAUGCAAACCAUAAAACCUAAUUCCGUGAUAUCCUCAGGAAACACAACCAUAUUAGCUCGAGCUGGGGUAUCGUUCAUUUCAACCGAGCAAGCGUGCUCCAAUGCGGAAGAGGAGAUCCCUACAUUUGAUUUCAAUGGCGUGCAGGCUAGUGCGCGGGCCCAAUGGAAUGAUAUCUUGGGCAGGAUACAGGUCGACACCGAUAAUGUAGACAGCGAAACAGUAUCACUGCUAUACAGUUCGCUGUACAGGAUUCACGUUGUUCCCGCUGACUACACGGGCGAAAAUCCUCUGUGGAACUCAACAGAACCGUAUUAUGACUCUUUUUACUGCAACUGGGAUACUUUCCGCGCGCUGUACGCACUGAUGUCCUUGCAUGAUCCAGAAGACUUCGCCAGGAUUGUACGCGGCUUGAUCAACAUCCAGCAACAUGAAGGAUGGCUGCCUGAGUGCCGCGGAGCCACGCAGCAACAGUUCAUACAGGGAGGCAGUAACGGCGACCCAAUUCUGGCUGAAUUCCUGGUAAAAUACUACAAUCAAUCAGCAGAGUUGGGCGUCAACGUGACAAGUCUCUACGAAGCCCUACUGGCGGACGCAGAGGACCAACCGCCCAACUGGGACCUUCAAGGGCGUCAGGCCAACAUUUGGAAAACCCUUGGUUACAUCCCGUCAGACGUCUGGGAACCAUCAGGCACGAACACCAAGCAGGUGUCACGCACACUGGAGUAUUCAUUCGACGACUUCACCAUAUCCCAAGUAGCGAAGACAAUGGGAAAGACAGCUGACGGGGCGAAGUACGCAGCGCGGUCGGGUAACUUUGUCAACGUCUGGAACCCAAAUACAACUGUUCCUGGGAGCCCCCAAAUAGUCGGUAUGAUGCAGCCCCGCUUUUUGAACGGCACAUUCAACUAUACCGAUCCUCGACACUGCAGCGUCAACGACCCUACCCAGUCCACUUGCUAUCUGGACGCCAUAAAUACAGACGGCUUCUACGAAAGUUCUCCUUUGGUCUACUCGCAGUUCGUACCCCACGACACCGCGAAGCUGGUCGAACUGCAGGGCGGCCCCGAUGCGUUCAUUAGGCGGCUGGACUUUUUGAUUGACGAGCACUAUUUCGACGAGACCGACGAACCAUCCAUGCAAAUACCGUUUAUGUAUCACUAUGCAAACCGCCCGGGACUCAGCACACAGCGCUCUCGCCAGGUCAUAAUCGACUACUUCAACACAUCUGUCAGUGGGAUUCCGGGGAAUGAUGAUUCUGGUGCAAUGGGAACAUGGGCGGUUUUCCUGCUGAUGGGGAUGUACCCUAUACCCGCUACUCGCCAAUACCUGCUAUCCUCGCCCUGGUUCCCUCAAAUGACAUUCUACAACCCCAUCUUCAACAAGACAACCACCAUCAUCGCCAACGGCUUCGUCGGGAACCCUGCGAACGGCACAAGUGGACCUAUUUAUGUGCAGAACGUGACUAUCGAUGGCGAGCCAUGGCACUCCAACUGCUAUCUCGACUGGGACGUCUUUGCGCACGGGUCCACAGUCGAGCUCCAGCUCACGGAUAACGCCAAUUUGACUUGCGGAGAUAGCGCUGCUGCGCUGCCACCGUCUCUGUCGACGGGCGGCUUCGACUGAAUCCACCCCACGUUUGUGGGCUGCCGCUUCUACUAGCGAUCCACAGUCCUCCGUAAACGUGACACUGCCCGAGGAUAUGGUGCAGCCCGUAUACGGCACCCCCAUGCCCGUGCCGGAUGCUGUUCAGACUUUGUACGUACCUAUGGCCGAUGUGCUUGACUCAGAGAAUGAGCAUGGAAGAGACGCCCGACCAAUCUGUCUUGUGGCGUUC